AUGACUAUCAAAGUGGCAUUCUUAGGUCCCGAAGGUACCUACACUCAUCAAGCUGUUUUACAGCAAUUUGGCACUAAUGAGAUUGAAAUAUCCCCACAAGCAUCGAUUGGAGAAUGCUUUCAAGCAAUCAACUCUCAUCUGGUUGACUUUGCUGUUGUUCCCUUUGAAAACUCGACUAAUGGGCAAGUUGUCUUCACUUAUGACUUACUUCGAGAUUGGUUUCUCAAAGGAGAGCCAAAGUGCAACUUCAAAAUCGUUGGUGAACAAUUUGUAUCUAUACAUCAUAAUUUAUUAAGUAAUGGGUCUUUAGAGGAUAUUGAAACCGUAUAUUCUCAUCCACAAGUGUGGACCCAAGUUGGAGGAUAUAUAUCUACAUUGCCUAGUGGCAUUACCAAGAUCGAUGUCGGCUCAACUUCGAAAGCAGCUGAAUUGGUCAGCCAAGAUAAGACAAACAAAUCAGCUGCCAUUUCGUCACUUAUGAGCUCAAAGCUAUAUAACUUACCCAUUCUCAAAGCAAAUAUAGAGGAUAAUGUGAGCAAUACUACUCGGUUCUUGAUCUUGGGGUAUACUGAACCGCCAGUAGAUGAAACGAAUCACAAGAAUCAUCAAAAAGUCACAUCGAUAAUGUUUACACUUCCACAUACUGACCCGGGUGCACUAUGUGACGUACUUGUACAAUUUAAAGAAAACGGAAUUAAUUUAUCAUCAAUCAGUUCGCGACCUGCCAACUUACAACUUUGGCAGUAUGCAUUUUUUGUCGAAACAGUGGGUAAAAUAACCACCGACGUUCUCAAGAGCAUUCAAAAGUCAUGUCGUGAUGUUGCAAUACUAGGCGAAUUUAAUCGAAACUGGAGGUAUAACAAAACAACAAUGAAUUAA